GGCGAGCCAGUGCUGCCAACUAUUGGCGGGGAGAUUCGGACUUUGAAAUUUUGAUUUACUUCCAUUUGUAUCAGGAUAGAGCCGCGCUUUAAACACCUCUUUUCGGUCUUAAAUAUUCUUAUUUCAUAGAAAAACGUGAGGGGGAAUAGUUUUAUGCAUUUCUUUAUCGCUAAUAAGUAUGUUUACGUUCUGCAGUUUCCAGCUGAUAUUUGUGAACCACGACCAUUUUGCGUUUUUGACUGCUUUAUCGUGUGAUCGAAAUGGCAAAAUCUAGUGAUGAUGAACAAGAAUGGAUGGAUGACUUGGAGGCUUCAUUACUUAUGAUCGAUGCCCAAACAUCUAGUGAUGUUCUACGAAUAUGUAAAGGCAAGCCUAUUAAUGAAAGCCUUAGACCUCUUGCGUGGCAAAAAUGUUUGGAUGUCAGCCACAGUUCAUAUAAUGCACCCUUAAGUGAGAUUUUUGACUUACCAGAGCAAAAGCUUCUCCGUCAUGAUUGUCAACAGUUUGUUGCAAAACUUGGCAAUGAAGAUGAGGACAAAGUGUCUGUUAUGUCAGACCUUGAAACUAUACUUACAACAUACCGUAAAAUUCGUAAUAUUAACUACGAGAGUGGCAAUGGAUGGCUUGAACUAUUAUUACCUUUGCUGGCACUCAAGAAACCUCAAAAUGAAACUUAUGCCUUGUUUACUGCCUUGAGGACUCAGUACAUACCAAAUGGAUGUGCUCACAAAAGUGGCGAUCCAUUUCAUCUUUUUAGAUUGUUAUUACUUUAUCAUGAUCCUGAGCUCUGCUCAUUUUUAGACACAAAAAAAAUUACACCUGAUUUAUACUGUAGAUCAUGGUUUCAGACAUUAUUUGCAGCAAAUUGCAAUUUAACUGUGGUGCAAGCUAUGUGGGAUGUCUACUUUCAACAGUCUGAACCAUUUUAUUUGUUCUUCUUGUCUCUGGUGAUGAUUAUAAAUGCCAAGGAACAAAUAAUGGGCUUGGAAACUGGCAGCAGAGAUGAAUUGGUAGAAAUGUUGACUAACAUGCCCAGCCAACUUGAACAUGAUGAUGUUCCAGACUUUUGCGGCUUAGCUCAUUAUUAUGGACUAAAAACCCCUUCAUCUUUUCGCAAAGAUCUUCGCUACAAAAUGUUUGGAGAUGAAGGAUUUCACAACUUUAUGCACGAGGGUAUUAAAAAUAGUUCAAGCUCCAUGACCCUUACAUCACCAAUGGAUGAAAAAGACCCUUCUUUGCCUCAAGGCAUAUCUCAAGCCUUGUGCCUUCCAGUUUGUGCUGCUGAAUUAGUAGACUCUGUUUCGUCCUCUGCAUCAGGGGCUCCAUUAACCAACCAAGAAAAUGAACUUAUUGUAGAGACUGUACGGUUCUUUCUAGUAGACUGUCGUCCAGCAGAGCAGUACAAUUCUGGACAUUUACCAACAGCUUUUCAUCUGGAUUCUAAUUUGAUGCUCCAGGAGCCUGCAGCCUUUGCCACUGCAGUGCAAGGGUUGUUAACAGCCCGGAGACAAGCGCAAGCUGCUGGCUCUGCUGCUGCAGGAGACCAUUUAUGUUUCUUAGGAUCAGGUCGCAAUGAGGAGGAUCAAUACACCCACAUGGUUGUCUCUUCCUUCUUACAAAAACACACUCUUCAUGUCAGCAUGUUGACCGGUGGCUUUGAAGCCAUUCAUGAAUAUUUAGGUGAAACUUUAAGCGAAAAUCUUGAACACCAUAAUCUUAGUAGUUGUUUGGUCUGCAAGUCAAAUUCGACUUCUCAGAUAGAGUCACCUCCAGCUCAAACACCAACUGUGGACAUCUUUAGCAAACUCAGUGCUGCAGUAUCAAAAUUAAAAACAUCAGAAGUGAAAGGAAAAUUGCUAGAUUACAUAGUCAACCCAUCAGGAAGCUCUGCAAAACCACCAGUUGAAAGACAUGUCCGAGCAAAUGACAAAUUGGGCCGCCGUUACCGAAAUGUUGCUCCUGUCUUCAGUAUUGAUGAUGAUCAAGAAUUUGAUUCAAGCAAUGUCCCCGCUAAUGAUGAUGAGGCUACUGAUGAAGAGAGCAAGCGUGAAAUUGUUAAUAUUAAUCAAUGGAGCAAAGAAAACAAUGUGACAGCCACAUUCCCAUGUCAGGAAUUUAAAGUUAACAACAUGUUCUUUGACAGUAUCUUAGCACUAUCCGAAUCAUUCAUGUAUGUGCUGCGGCUGGUUCCUGGACGUAAGGGCCAUGCUCAAGUUGUAGCCAGAAGGUCCCUCUCAUCAGUUGUGAAAAUAACAUCUCGGAGAAAGCACCCAAAUAUGAUAACAUUCAAGUAUGGUGUAUCCCAGGAUGAUGACCUUGUCAUAUCGGAUAUGGACAGGUUAUUGAUUCCUAACUCAACUGAAGCCAUGAAAACUGUGACCAAGCAAAUAGUGAACUUCUUGAAAACUCAAGACGAGUAGUGCAUAUUUUCUGUGGAUUCUAGCUCUUCCAACCCUUGUAAAGGCUGAAAAAAUAAUUUUAUCUGCAGACCUUUUCUUUUCCAAUUAUAAGUUAAUAUCAGGAAUGUCUUACGGAAACUUAAAUCCACCCUUUAGUUGGAGUUCAUUCAUAGUCAUAUUAUUCACUUUCAUUUCCCACUUUAACAAAAUGAAGCUACUUCAAAGUACAUUUCCUUCUAAAUAUUGUAUUUAUUUCAAAACUGCUGGAAUUUUUUUUAAUCUUGCCGUAUGUUGACCAGUAAUGAAAGAAUUUGAGCCAUGAGGUACAGCAUGUCAACACAUCAGAAGUAUGAAACCAACUCUUCAUUUUUCCUGCUAAGCUGGCUGUGUAUUAUUUGUUUAAUCACGGUUAUGUAUUCAAAUUUCAUAGAAAUUAGCGAGAGUGUUUGGUCUUUACCCGAACAUUUUGUCAUUGGCUAUUCCUGUUCUCAUGUCAUACAUACCUCUCAAUAAUGUUAAGAUUUUUUUUCAUGUCAUUUUUCUUUCUCAUCACACUUAGCCAUAUCCUAGGGCUGUUCAAUGAAAUUUUAUUUCAAGGCCUUGUUUGGAAUACUUGGUAUUAUUGUUGUAGGUAAUGUCUUGCAAUUGGAUUGAUGGACGUUCUCCUCUUCUUUUUCUUUCAUCUUUUCUUACUAUAAUUGUGAAUCUGUAAACAUAACUGUUUUUCUUGCCUGUUACAAGUUUGUUUCAGAAUUUGUUAUUUGUUUUUAAAAAAAGCGCAAGACUGGCUGACACUGAUUCUAAGCUAGCUGUUUGAAGCCCAAUGAUGAAUGUUAAUGUUUCAUGGUAAAUAUGUAUUACAACAGGGCUUCUCUGCAGAUUGAUGACUGACGUAUGUGUGUCCAUUGUUGAAAGUUUUACAAGGUUUUGCUAUCCAUUGUUAAAAAAAUUAGAGAUAGAUUGUUCUUCAAUUCAUCUUUUUGAUUUUAAAGAGAUGUAUGAUUGUUGAAAAGAAAAAAUCCAUAGCUGUAGUGGGUAUACAGUUGUAUGUAUUCCUUAAGAAACAUGCAACUAAUAUAUUUUCCUAUGACGCACUUAAUCUCCCAUUUGGCAGGCUGUGGUCUUCUGUUGAACCAACUCCACAGUGAGUCAACAUUCUUGAAUGAAUUAGCCAUUUUCAUCAGGCCUUCUCUUCACAAAUGUUGUGUUAUCAACUAGUUCAUUCGUUAGACUGAACAUUGUAGUGCUUCUUUCGCCAGUGAUACCCCACCAGUAUCAGCACUCAGGGGCUUUAAUUUACCAAUGGAUGCUUUUGCUGUGGAAGCCCUUUACUGCUAUACAAAUAUUUCUUCUAUUCCCUGUCUCUGGUCUUGAACUUAAGCAAGAAAGUGACUAGCUGUCAAACUAAUAUUAAUUGUAAGAUUAAAGAGUAUUAAUAUGUAGAAAUAUUAUUAAUUAAUAUUAUUAUUGCUAUUUAUUUUAGUUAUCGGAAUGAAUUCUUAUGUAUUUGUUGGACACAUGAGUUAACCAUGUGUGUUUAUAGUUUUCCUUUUUAUGAGAUGACCCAUCACAGUUUUUGAAAGUUUUUCAUCGAAUUUUAAGAAAUAAAAACAUCAACAUAGGACACCCUCUCCAUUUCCUAGGUCCAGUUCUAUAUUAGGUGUGUAACAUCUUGCCUUGAAGAUUCGCAUUUACAUGUUCUAUUCACACAGAUUUUGUCCUGGUGCUUCUUCCAGCCUAUCACUAUUGUUGCCAAGCACCUCUGCUAAAUCAAAAUGUUAACUCUAUGCCGCCCAUGCACUUAAAGAUAUACCUGUCUGCAACUCUUAGUCUAUAGUGCAACUGUUAUUUUGUAUUUUGUGCCAGGUAUUUGAUUGAAUGAGGUAACUGCGACCUUUUACAUUUUUGUUUGUUUUGUCUAUAAAUUAUUUCAAACCUGUUCAAUUAAUUUUUCUCUGGUACUGGAACAAUCUAAAUGCCAGAGUUGUUUUUAAAAUCACUUAAUGUUCUGUUAUGUUGAUUUCUGCAUAGCAAUGGGGAAUGACUGAUGCUUUGACUAUGCACUGCACUGGCCGGAAAUGUUUUAUGCAGGCAUUCAUUGUUUCCAAUUUGUUUGCUUUUACCAAAGAGUAUUGGGAUCCCUCGUCAUUAUCAGCGGUUUCUGUUACAAUCGCGUUUCUAUCUCCUUCCCAAUCUCCCCCCCCCCCCCCGCUUGAUUCGAAAGUAAUGAAUUCGGUGGAUUUCCCCCCGCCGAGAAGGCAGUCUGACUUGGCCAUUGUCUGGCAACACUCUCAUUUAUGUCCUGUCUUUGUACUUUGUACCUCGUUUGUUUCACAGUGAACGUUUUCCUGUAAUCGCGGCUCGUGACUCAUGUUUAUGGCACAGCAGCGUGCUCGUGGUGGAGCACAUGGCUGGCCAAAUCCAUUUGUUUUGCCGGGUGUGUUGUUUUGUAUAGCAUUUACCUGAAUAAAUGUGUAAUUGUU